AUGCUGGUUACCUUGGGAUUGCUCACUUCUUUCUUGUCUUUCUUAUAUGUGAUGGCUCCAUCCAUCAGGAAGUUCUUUGCUGGUGGAGUGUGUAGAACACACGUGCAGCUUCCUGGGAAGGUGGUGGUGAUCACUGGUGCCAACACGGGCAUCGGCAAGGAGACGGCCAGAGAGCUCGCUCGCAGAGGAGCCCGAGUAUACAUUGCCUGCCGAGAUGUACUGAAGGGGGAGUCUGCUGCCAGUGAAAUCCGAGCAGAUACAAAGAACUCCCAGGUGCUGGUGAGGAAACUGGACCUUUCAGACACCAAAUCCAUCCGAGCCUUUGCUCAGGGCUUUCUGACAGAGGAGAAGCAGCUUCAUAUUCUGAUCAACAAUGCGGGAGUGAUGAUGUAUCCAUAUUCCAAGACAGCUGAUGGCUUUGAAACCCACAUAGGAGUCAACCACCUAGGCCACUUCCUUCUCACCUACCUGCUUGUGGAGCGGCUGAAGGAGUCUGCUCCCGCACGGAUAGUGACCCUGUCCUCGGUGGCCCACCAUAUUGGCAAGAUUCGCUUCCACGACCUCCACGGUGAGAAGCACUAUAACAGAACCUUUGCCUAUUGCCACAGCAAACUGGCCAACAUGCUCUUCACUCGAGAGCUGGCCAAGAGACUCAAAGGCACGGGAGUCACCACCUACGCAGUGCACCCAGGCAUUGUCAACUCUGAGCUGAUCCGGCACUCCUUCCUGCUGUGCCUGCUCUGGCGUCUCUUCUCCCCCUUUGUGAAGACGGCGCGGGAGGGGGCGCAGACCAGCCUGCACUGUGCGACAGCUGAGGGCCUGGAGCCCCUGAGCGGCAAGUACUUCAGUGACUGCAAGAGGACCUGGGUGUCUCCAAGGGCCCGAGAUAACAAAACGGCCGAGCGCCUAUGGAACGUCAGCUGUGAGCUUCUAGGAAUCCAGUGGGAGUAG